UGGGCGGGCGGACGCCGGGGGAGGGCGCUGGGCAGGAAGGGGAGGGGGCGGGCGCGAGAAAUGCAGAGGCUGCAGCGGCGGCGGCGGCAGUAGCGGCAGCGGCGGCGGCGGCAGCGCUCCAACUCGCUCGCUCGCUCCGGGCUCCGCCGUCGAGCCGGCCACAGAGGCUCCGCCAGCCACCCGGGCACCCGGGCCGGACACGCCAGCGACCCGGGCCCCUCGGCGGCACCGCGUUCACCCAGGGGCGGCGCAGGCACCCAGAGCCGAACUCCCAAGAUGGGCGGCAAACUGAGCAAGAAGAAGAAGGGCUACAACGUGAACGACGAGAAGGCCAAGGACAAGGACAAGAAGGCGGAGGGCGCCGGCACCGAGGAGGAGGGGACCCCCAAGGAGAACGAGACCCCGGCGGCAGCUGAGCCCACCGGCAGCCCGGAGGCCAAGGAGGGCCAAGAGGAGAAGGCUGCGGAGGCCGACGCCGGCAAGCCGGACGACAAGGAGGCCGCGGCGGCAGCGGGGGACAAAGACACCCCGAAAGGCGCCCAGGAAGACGCGCCCCCGAAGGCCGAGCCCGAGCCCACGGAGCCCCCCGCGGCCGAGCCCAAGGCCGAGCCCGCGGCCAAGGAGAGCGAUUCCGCGGCCCCGCCGCCAGGGGGCGCCCCCGAGGCCAAGGCCGAGCCCGCCGCGGCCGCCGCGGAGCCCCCCAAGGCGGAUGACAAGGCCAAGGAGGGCGGGGAACCCACAAAGACUGAGGCCCCCGCUGCCGCUGUCGUGCAGGAGACGAAAAGCGACGGGGCCCCAGCUUCAGACUCAAAACCCAGCGGCAGCGAGGCCGCCGUCCCCCCGUCCUCCCAGGAGAGCACCCCGGAAGCCCCCAGUUCCACGCUCAAGGCCCAGGCCCCCGCAGCCCCUGCAGACGAGCUCAAAGCCCCCGCGGAGACCCCGGCCCCCAAUUCCGAGCAAACCAUAGCGGUCAAAGAGUAACCAACACAAGGACAGCCUCGGGGGAAACCACAGUCCACCUUCAGAACCCACCUGUCUCCCUCUCCCCUCCC